AUGAACAAUUUUAGCAUAACUAAUUUAAAGUCUCCGGAAAACGAUAAUGACGCUGUUCACAAGAAAUAUUUAAUGGAACAAUUAAAUUCAAUUGAAGUAAAUAACGAACAUUUAAACGAAAGAAUAGGCGAUGUGAAAAGAUUCUUCAAACGUCAACUAAAUAAUAAAGAUUUUAAUGAUGAUACUAAAUUACAACAAGAAGUAACAAGUUUAAAAAGUUUUAUUGAAGAACAAUUAGUCAACGUAUCGAAUAAAACUGAGUUAAUUUCAUUAAUAUCUACAUUAGAGGAUAAUAUUGCAAAACAAAAAUUAGACAUUCAACAAUUAAUAGAUAACAUUCUAGGUGAAAAUGAAGAAACAUUUCAACAGGAAUUAAAUGAUCUGGAAACUAAACUUAACAGUGAAUUACUAACAAAUAUUCAACAACAAAUACAAAACAUUGAUGAUAGUGUUAUUAAACAACAGAUAACCACUAUUAAUAACCUGGUUUUAAAACAGGAUAAAAAUAUACUCGCAUUAGAAAAAAAGUUUCUCAAGAAAGAAUCAUAUUAUUUCAAUCUUCCAUUUAGAUAUUUGAGACGUGACGAUGCUUCUAUUACUGAUAAUAUUGAUGCAUCAACAGAGAUUGAUUAUAAAAAAUUUUGA